AAAGGAUAUUAAUUCUACAGUAUAGUUAUUUCCCCUUGUUAUCAAUUUGCCAAUGGUUUUAUUUUGCUAUCAACAGUGUAUAACACUCUAAUAUUUUCUUACAAAAAGUUUCAGCAUGGAUGCGCCUGUAUUGACACUUCUGGUGCGCCAUUUGCCAGCAGAGCUGUCUCUCCAAGACAAGAUCGACCUUCUGUGCCACUUCGGAGCCACAAGCGUUAGACCAAUGGGGAUAACUGGACCUAUGAAACACACAGCAUUUGCAAGGUUUGACAGUUCAGAGAAUGCUGCAAGAUGUCUGAAGCGCUUGCACCAACUGGAAGUGUUAGGGCAGAGACUGGUGGUUGAGUUUGCAAAGUCGGACAACCCCUGCCCUCCUUCAGAAACCCAGAAACAUGACCAGGACAGCAAGACUGAAACAAAAUCUGACACUGAGCAGGGUGAAAAGAAACCAGAGAAGUCUUUCAUCAAAUCCAAUGUUGUUGCUUCUGAAGACAUUUCUUUCCUCAAAAAUAACAUAAAUUAUUCAAGAAAACUGAAUUUGUAUUAUGCGUACCCUCCGCCAACAGUUUCUACGUUGACCAACAUCGCACAUGCUUUGGCGUCCCACUCCAGGUUUUACACACAGGUUCUACACUUGAUGAACAAGAUGAAUAUACCCUGUCCCUUUGGGCCCACAACCGCCCCGCCCCCACUGGCCAUGGAUGACCCUCAUGAGGAUUACACAAGGUUCGGUUCUUGUGAACCGUUUCUUGUAAAGGAAGGAGAGAUUGAGGAGUUUGAAAUGGAAGAAGGCAGCACUGAGGAAUCAGAGAUAGAUUCUGAUGAAGGGACGGGACUGAAAAGGAAAAGGGGCAAGAAGAUUGGAAGUAUUGAUGGAUCGCUCCCUGCUUCACGGUCUACGAAUAGACCUCGUAAAAAGAUGAGGCUGGUACAACCUGAUCUGUCUGCAGUCAUAAAACCGGCCAUUGUUCAGAAGCCUAGUGAGAUCUUCGAAGGGGCAGAUAAGGAUGUCCUUAGACGCAAACAAAUCAACAUGAAUAUUCCUGACGUGGAGACAAUGUUUGAACAUGGUAGCAGGGAGAAGGGAACGAGAGAUGGGGAAUUUUUGGGAAAAACAUCUGUUCAUGAUGAGGUUUUUGUUGUGGAAGGUGGUUUUGGCAAAGUGGAACCCAAGGCAGUUCAUGUAGAGCCAAAAGAAGACAUUCAGAAGGCCGAUGUGAAUUAUGCCAUUGACAAGACAAAGUUUCUUGCAGCUGAUAAAAUAGCAGAAGGAAGAUUGAAGGAAUCUCAGUUGAAGGAUUUUUCUGUUUUCAAGAAUUACCAUCCAGGCGACCCUACCAGUAGACUGUAUAUCAAGAAUCUUACAAAACAGACCAGUGAACAAGAUCUCGUAAAUCUGUUUGGAUCCAUGAUUGAUUGGUCACUACCUCUGGCUUACGACGUGUUCGAUGUUCGACUGAUGAAGGAAGGCCGGAUGAAGGGCCAGGCAUUCUUGACCCUACCAGAUGACCGGAGUGCUGAAAGAAUUGUGAAACAGUGUAACGGUUAUAUCCUCAACAGCAAGCCGAUUGUGAUACAGUUUUCAAGAUCUGCUAAAGCCAAGGCAGUAGAUGAGCCACUUAAGUAGUUAAAAUCAUGCAAAAAGUGAGAUUUUACUAUUAUUUGAGCGAAGAAUUAAAUUUGUGUUUGUAAAAAAAUUGACAAAGUUUAUGUUUGUCUUUAAAGAUAGAUAAAAUGUUUUGGUGUAUUAUUUUAAGAUAAAAGUGUUGUGGUUUCUGAUUGUGAACAAAAAUUUCCGAUGCCAAAACAACGAACCGUGGUCAAGUUUUAACAAGAAUAAAAAUUGAAUGUAAACAGAACUUUGUCAUGGGAUUAUUUUACUACAUUUUAAAUAUUUGUGUAUAAAAUUAUUUCAAUGUAAA